GAUGAGUAAAAUGUAAAUUAAUGAAAUUUCUCUACAAUAUCAUUUUUGGAAAGUUGAUCGCUUUCAAUUUUCUUCUUUCCUUUUUCGUUUCCAGUGCCGCCCGGCCCGGCUGUCGGACUACUUCUCCGAUCAAAUUUCCGAUAAGAGUCAUUGAUUUAAAUCUUUUAUUGCGGUGGUCUUCAAACAUAUGACUGAAACAAAGUGAAAAAGAAAAUAAAGAAGAGAUGCUUGGAAUUUCAUAUGGAGAGCAUUUUCUCUUGCUUGGCGCUACUGCUGCUCUUAUUGGACCUAAAGAUCUGCCAAUCAUAGCACGAACAGCAGGCAGAUUUGUUGGGCGUGCAAUUGGUUAUGUUCAAUUAGCCCGUGGUCAGUUUGAAAGUGUCAUGCAGCAGUCGCAAGCUCGCCAGGUUCAUAAGGAACUGCAAGAUACCAUGGCUCAACUGGAAGCCAUACGUCAUGAAAUUCAGACAAUUUCUUUUAUGAAUCCUGGUCCAUUGACAUCGAGGCUUGUAGACAGCAUCAACACAACAACUGCAAAUAGUGCUGUUGAAAAUGGAUCUCGAAAAUCUGAUGAAGAGAGCAUCAUUGUUGAAAAGGGACGUCAAAUAUCCGAGAAGGAGCGUACGGUAGUAACUGUCACACCUGAGGAUCAUCGUUCAAGGAGAGCUUUGACCGACAUGCACAGCCAAGCCGCUGCAUAUGCUAGAUUGGCUGAAACGACACCUUUGAAAUCCAUUUCUGUAGAUAAUGAAGGUCUGAGAGAGCUGACUGAUGAAUCUGGCAAUAUUAUUGUGCUCCCCGUCUCUGCAGAGAGUGCAGGGUUGUUGCCAAAACGUAAUUAUGGAGCAAAGGGGUCUGACAUUAUGUUAGAAGCGAUACUGGAGGCAGAAGUGGCAAAUAAUGCCAAAGAGUUCUUCUCGCAGCCACCAAACCAAGUAAAAAGUGAAUGAAGAGGCACAUCUGAAGAAGAUUUGCGCCAUUAGAGGUCAGAAAUCAGCUUCAUGCAAAGGGAGCCUGAUGAAAGAUUGCUAAAGACUCAAUGAAUUUAGCCCAUUCGAGUCUCUUGUUGUGGUUUUGGAGCCAUGAUACCUCGUUUGUUCAGAUAUCAUAGGCAUCUAAAGAACAUAUGACCCGUGUUGCCACAAGGAAAACUACUAAUAUUGUUUGACAAAUGGUUUUCUGCAACCAGUUCUACCUAUUUCUUAACCUUCUAAUCGUCCCGUGUUGGCAGAUGCUUGGAUUUUUGGAGUUCUUUCAUGUUUGUAAUAAUUUCUGAACUUCACUUCUCUUAUCCGGCCAAGCUGUAUAUGUACAAUUGCAGAUGAACUUCUUUGCAUAAUUGGCAGAAAACUGUUGAAGUAAUAUAGUAGUGUAAUUCCUUAA